AUGACGAUUUCCGCCAACGUGCGCAAGGAGCUGUUCGAGAUGACCAACUGCGAGGGCCGACUGAUUCGGAUCAAGCCGACGGAAGCCAAGGCCGGGACGACCGUCUACUCGUCCAAGCAGAGCCAACCGCUCAAGAUGUGGACGCAAGAGGAGCACGAGAAGUUCCUCGAGGCCAUGGAGAAGUACCCAGCGGGACCGUGGAAGGUCAUUGCUGCGUUCAUUGGCACGAAAACCACGCGGCAGACUAUGACCCACGCGCAGAAGUACCGCCAGAAGAUCAGUCGCUGGCGACGGGGGCUGCGCCACAAGGGCCGCAAGCACUUGAACGACGUGCGCCACCACCACGUGGCCACUGGCGACGACUACACCACGAAGGAGAACCUGUACAAAGCGCUCGAGUACGUCUCGAACGACGAAACCAGCAGCUGCAGUACCCGCUACGGCCACGCAGAGCUCGCGUCCGUGAGCCCCACGCGGUCGCUCUCGGGCGUGCCGGGACACGAAGCGUCGCGCAGUGGCGAGCUCUUUCGACUGGCCGAGCUCGCGUCCCAUGAGGUCAUGAAGCAAGAGCCGCGGCCGAUGCCGUCGUCGCCUCCUGACGUCGAGAUGGUCGACAUGUCGAGUCCCGUGCGGGUCAAGCAGGAGCUGGUGGCGUGUGCUUCGGUGGCCUUUAGCGAGAAAAUUCGCACCAUGGAGUGGACCAACGACCCAAGCGGCUUUUGCCACGCCAGUCCCGAGUGGAGCGGCCACAAGAGCGAAGUCCGACUGAGUCCAUUGCGGGCCUCUCCUGAUGGCAGUCCGUUCCCGGUGCGCAAGUUCGGCGGUGUACUCAGUGCCAUCACUGACAGGAGCUACCAAAGCGCGCAGAGCCGCUUUCCUCCGCUGCCGCUGUCGUCGACGUGUAUGCGCAACAACACGCUGUCCCCCAUGCGCGAUGUCGAAGUGGAGGAGCGGAAACUAUUUGUGCAGCAACGCGGUGCUGGUGUCUUUCGUCUGCCGCCACUCAAUGUCGCAAAUGGCCAAGCGCCGAACGUGUACUCGAUUCCGCCGUUGCGCUCGAAGAUCGACCCGAGUGUUUUGACCGGCCGCGCUUGCUACACGUUUACGAACUAA